UUUAAACCUGAGUGUACGUGUACAGUACAUGUAAUUAUCUAAACUUAAUGAUUACAUAACGUCUGAUAAAAGAACGGUUUAGCGGGCAUACCACCACAUUUACGAUCAUGGAUAUCAAGUUGAAAUAUACUGCUAUAAUCGUAUUUUUCUGUGUAGUUUUAUGUUCAGCUGCAGUUUUAGUACUGUUUUUGACUAUGCCCGAUUCGCCAUCAACUGUCAGAAAUGAUCAAAUUUGUCUUCCAAGUGAGUUUGGACUUCUUAAAUGCGGCACAACAGCAGAUCUCCUACACGAGUAUUUAGAAAGGACAACUGCAACACAAUAUGACGAAAUCAAAACAAAGGACAAAGAGCGACAACAAGAACACCUUGAUAAAAACAGAGUUCACUUAAUGAGCAUCUACGACAAAGCAUUCUGGGAAAUGAAGCCAGCCGCCAAACUCACUGGAAAAGAACAGCCUGACACAAGAAAGGGCGAUAUCGGUGCUGACAUGGUGCCUGUAAGAGAAUGGUGCCAUGGCAGAGAACUUGAGGACACCAGUGGGUUCGAAAGAUACGGCAUUCGAUACAGAAAUGGCCGUUUGGUCGUACCUGUAGAUGGAACAUAUAACAUUUAUUCUUAUGUCGAUUUAUUUGAGUCAUGUAAUCCAUCAACGGGGAAGCCUAAUGUAAACGAUACCACUAAACCUAUUAAGCACGGCAUAUUUAAAUUUGAUAUUCUUGAUAGUGAGGAGAUGGAAUUAGUUUCAAAUGUACAACCACAUACGGUUUCAAGUAACAGAUAUUUCAACUCUUACAGUAGCUAUAUUUCGUCACUUGCAAAACUUAAAGCUGGUGACGAGCUUUCUGUAAAGGUUAGCAAUUUAACAUAUCUUAAAUACACUCGAGAUAAUUAUUUUGGGGUCAAUUUAAUAUAGCAAUACGGAGGCCUUCACCACACUUAUAUCCUCACCGUGGAGGUCACGUGCUCGUCGUGGUGGGGGCACUCUCCGUUUCCGCUAACAAGCAGCGACGGACUGACAAAGACCUCCUUCCCCGUACAAAUCGAGUCUGCUAUUAUUUGUUUGGCCGCGUCCUAUUUUUUGAAAACGAUUUUUCUUAUAGAUUAUAUUCAUAUAUUUUACAUUUUUGUAACCGUUUUAAUUUUUGUUGUUGUUGUUGAUUUUUUUUAAUCCUUGAAGAAGACAUUUAAGAAGAAAAAUGACUAAAACAUGUGUAACAUACUGUUCUUUUGUAUUAUCUUAAAAGUAAAAAUGUCAUGAAAUGGCAGAUUUCAAAUGAUCUCACUUCGCCAGCCUAAUUUCACCUAAACAUGUCCACAUUAAUUAUUGUACUUUAAAGGGAUACGCAUGUAGAAUAAUGGAUGAAACUUUUAUCCUUACUGUCAUUGUCAAAUUACUGGUCUUGCAAUUUGGCAAUUGGAUUCGCGAGUUUAGUGCGGUUAACAUUUCAUUCGGAAAGUAAACAGCUUCUGUCUAUUGCCUUUAAUUGAAUGAGUAAAUAAUUGGAAAUACAACGUGGGUCUAUUCUUAAAAAGAAAUCCUGGGUAUCCCUUUAAUAAAAUAUUAAUUUUUGUCGGAAUAAUUUUGUUUUGUUGUAUGUAUGAUACAAACGCAGGAAGAAGAGGACAACUGUAAGCUAAUACAGCUUUCUGUCCAAUUCUUGAAAUGUGAUUUUGUAAAUAUUUCAUGAUUAUCUGAAUAAAAAUAUGUUUAAACUAAACGCAGGAAGUUGAGAUGAUGAAUAAGAUUUAUUUUUGGAUUCAGUGUUGUUACAUUUUCUGGUCUUUGGGAUCAUGGAGUAUACUCAUUUCCACUAUGACAGAAUUCCGCUUAAGCCCCGGUGCUAGAUAGGGAGGGGAGGUGAGGUUGAUGUUGCACAUUUCAUUAUCUCUCAGGAACAGAUUUAAUCAAAGCGAGUCUGUCUUUACGUUGCAUGGUUGCGUUCUUUGCUUCGGACGGAUCUUUUAAUCUGAAAACUGCCAACAAAACCUAUUACUCAUAAACAGUCAGUAAGAAAAAGAUAUAAAGCAUUUUCAUCUUACCAGGUAAUAACGAUCUUUCCACUUUGAAAUGAAAAUUAAUUUCAUGUCCUGGAUCUAUGACCAUUUCCUUUAAAUUGAAACAUAUUAUUCCUAAGUAAGAACUGUCGGUAUAUGGUGGGCCUUCAAUGUUGCGCACUCCGCCCCCGCUCCCAACACACACACACACAAACGCACACGCACACUCAUACACCCAACAUCGCAAUUUACAAUUUUUCGCUGCAAUAGAAAAAUUUGUGAAAUGUGUACCAUUUGACAUUUUUUCGUUGGGAAAUAAAUGACACCCACCCUUUCCACUAUCCCAACAUUUUGGAAAUAAAACAUCAUUGUUGGCGGGAUAAAUACGCACUAUGUGCAAUCAAAAGAGCACCUAUAGUCAUUUUCCCACAAUCAAAUACUGUAUGUAUCUUCAUGGCCACACCUUCACAUUUUAGUGCUUUUAUACCACCAAAUUGCUUUUAAAACGGUUAUUUAAAAGAGAGGUUCUGAGCUAUGUUUAACUAUGAAGAAAUAAGAUUUCUUUUGACUUUACAUAUUGAGUAACUUCACUCAUAUACAGGAGCAGGGGAUAUUAUGCCAGAAUAUCUUAAUAGCAGUGUAUUUAGAUAAAAAUAUAUAAUAAACAUUUGCUCCGAAAUAUAAGUACAUUGUAAUUUAUUAGAGUCUAAAAAGACAGAAAUAUAUAAAUAAAGCUGGCAUUCAAAAUGAAUCAUUUUGCUCAACUACAAUUUAUUUCAAAAUUGCAUUUAAUACCCAGAUGCCCGGACAUGCAUCAUUGCCCAGUUAAUUUUAAUUGUGGGUUAGUGCCAUAACUACAACAUUCUAUGAUUUUUUCAAUACUGCUGUAUCCUCUAAGCUAAAUUGGUGCUAAUUAGAUGCUUUAUACUUUUACAUCAGAAUGUGUUAAAAAGAGUAUCUACGUAUUUAAUAAAACAUAAUGCAAACGAACCGAGUAAAAUCAACGAUAGAAAAGAUGAUAAAGUUUCAAGUAUUUUGACAUGUUACAAAAAUCUUAAAAGAUCGUAGAUCGUAGGGGCAUGGUCAUGCUCCAAAAAGGAUACCUAUGUUGUUCGAUGAAGUAAUUUUGAUGAAUAUUUGUUUCAUAAAUCAUAACUUUUAAUUAAGUUUCAUGUGUCAAAUAUUUUCGUUAAACUUAGUAGGCGUCAUUUCUAUAUUUUAUUUAAGAUUUCCAUUGUCUCCUUGUAGAAGUUGGCAAAGGCUGGUAUAAAAGGUGACAAAUACCUUGCAAUAAAUGCAUAUAUACAAAAUUGUUGAGUCGCAUAUAUGCAGAUCCUUUCCAAUUCAAAAAUAAUGCUUUCAGAUUAAAAUGUAAAAAUGUAAAAUAAAGCAUGUGAAAACUCUA